AUGCGUUGUCGCCCUGAUCAGUGCCGACUCAGUGCUGCCUGUGGAGAAGUGAGCAGACGGACGAGCCGAGGAACAGACGAGGAACAGACGGACAGACCAACACUCCUCCGAACACCUGCAGCCUCCUGCUCACCUCUCAGUUUCAGGAUCCAACAUGGCCGCCCCCGUGACCAUCUCUCCAGAGGAAGAGGAGGAGCUGAGAGAGGCCUUCGCUAAGAUUGACGUGGACCACAACGGGUUCAUCAGUAAGGACGAGCUCAAUGAGCUGUUCAGAGCUGCUAACCUGUCUCUGCCAGGAUACCGAGUCAGAGAGAUCGUCCAGGAGCUGACCAAGACCAGCAACCAGCUCACCUUCCAGGACUUCACUCAGAUCGUCCACGGGCUGAAGAGCAGCGAGGUGGCCAAGACGUUCAGGAAGGCCAUCAAUAAGAAGGAGGGAAUCUGUAGCGUGGCGGGAACAUCGGAGCAGACGGGCACCCAGCACUCGUACUCCGAGGAGGAGAAGGUGGCCUUUGUGAACUGGAUCAAUAAAGCUCUGGAGAAGGACGGCGACUGUAAACAUGUUCUGCCCAUGGAUCCUUCCAGCAACGACCUGUUCACCGGCAUGGGAGACGGCAUCGUCCUCUGUAAGAUGAUCAACCUGUCGGUGCCCGACACCAUCGACGAGAGAACCAUCAACAAGAAGAAGCUCACACCUUUCACCAUCCAGGAGAACCUGAACCUGGCCCUGAACUCUGCCUCUGCCAUCGGCUGCCACGUGGUCAACAUCGGGGCGGAAGACCUGAAGGAGGGCCGGCAGCACCUGGUCCUGGGUCUGCUGUGGCAGGUCAUCAAGAUCGGACUGUUUGCCGACAUUGAGCUCAGCAAGAACGAAGCUCUGGUGGCUCUGCUGCGUGAUGGAGAGUCUCUGGAGGAUCUGAUGAAACUGUCCCCUGAGGAGCUGCUUCUCCGCUGGGCCAACUAUCACCUGGAGGAGGCCGGUGCCGGCAAGAUCAAUAACUUCAGCUCUGACAUCAAGGACUCUAAGGCGUACUACAACCUGCUGAACCAGGUGGCACCUAAAGGAGAUGAGGAGGGGAUCCCCCCCAUCGCCAUCGACAUGUCGGGGCUCAGAGAGAAGGAGGACCUGAAACGAGCCGAGUGCAUGUUGGACCAGGCCGACCGGCUCGGCUGCAGACAGUUCGUCAUGCCCACAGACGUCGUCCGCGGCAACCCCAAACUCAACCUGGCGUUUGUCGCCAACCUGUUCAACAAGUACCCGGCUCUGAAGAAACCUGAGAACCAGGACAUCGACUGGAGCUCCAUCGAAGGUGAGACGAGGGAGGAGCGAACCUUCAGGAACUGGAUGAACUCUCUGGGAGUGAAUCCUCGAGUGAACCACCUCUACGCAGACAUCGAUGACGCUCUGGUGAUCUUCCAGCUGUAUGAGAAGAUAAAGGUCCCGGUGAACUGGGACAGAGUCAACAAACCUCCGUACCCCAAACUGGGCAGCAACAUGAAGAAGUUGGAGAACUGUAACUACGCGGUGGAGCUGGGGAAGAACGAGGCCAAGUUCUCUCUGGUGGGCAUCGCAGGUCAGGACCUGAACGCAGGGAAUCGAACCCUCACCCUCGCUCUGCUGUGGCAGCUCAUGAGGAGGUACACCCUGAACAUCCUGGAGGAGCUGGGCGACGGGCAGAAGGUGAAUGAUGACACCAUCGUGGGCUGGGUCAACGACACACUGACACAGGCUGGAAAACCAACCAUCAGCAGCUUCAAGGACGGCUCCAUCAGCAGCAGUCUGCCGGUCCUGGACCUGAUCGACGCCAUCCAGCCCGGAUCGAUCCGAUAUGACCUGCUGAAGACCGAAGACCUGACGGAGGAGGAGAAACUCAACAACGCCAAGUAUGCCAUCUCCAUGGCAAGGAAGAUUGGCGCCCGGGUGUAUGCGCUGCCUGAGGACUUGGUGGAGGUCAAACCUAAAAUGGUGAUGACGGUGUUUGCCUGCCUGAUGGCCCGCGGCAUGAAGAGAAUCUAAGACAGGAUGACCUCUAGAAGCUGAAGAAGCAGAGACCAGAGCCUCUGCCGGCUGAGCAGCACUGUUAGUGUGUCCAACACGUGAUGCCAACGGUUCACUUACUGCAGCAGUUACAGAAACAUUCAGGCUUCAUUUUGAUUUCUACAUUUGGUUAAUUUAAUGAGGGUUAAUCAGGAGGGACUGUUUUUCUCUACAUGGCUGAACUGUCUGAGUUUCUCCUGCUCAGUUGAUUUAAACAUGUUCCAAUCACAAACUUUACGCCAAAUGUUCCAACAAUAAACACAUUUUUGUAUUAAA